AUGACCGACAUCGCAACACCCAUCAUCCCCUUGGCCGCAUCACCGCCUCCUCGCCCGCUCAGCUUCAUGGUCCUCCCCGUCGAGGUGCGCCUCCAGAUCUACGGCUACCUGCUACAACUACCCCCCAUCGGCACCGCGCACCCGCACGACGAGUCGCGCGUGUCCGGCGCCAUCCUGCGCGCGAGCCGGCAGAUCCACGCCGAGGCCGCGGCCGUGCUCUACAGCGCCAACACGUUUGUCGCGCACCCCUCGCUGCUCGCCGACUUUCCGCGCCUGCGCCGCUGGUACGCGCCCGUCUGCGCCGCCGCGCUGCUGCCGCGCAUCCGACGCUUCCACCUGACGCUGCGCCUCGACUGCGAGGUGCCGUUUGACCGCCGGCGCGCCGCCGCCGCGUUCUCCGGCGCCGAGGCGCUGCACGUCCAGGUCACCCAGUCCGUCUUCCUCGGCGCCGGGCGCGACAACCUGCGCAAGCUCGAGGACGUGCGCGGCGUGCAGCGGCUGACGAUUCGCGGCAGCACGACGGGUUUCGAGGGCUACGUGGCGUGGCUGGAGCGCCUGAUGCAGAGCCCUCUGGGAGCCGAGGCGAUGGAGCUGACGCCGUGGGAGGAGGAAUCUGUCGCGGUACUCGGUGCGAGUAUAGUGACAUGA